GUAAAAGAAUAUAAAUUAGUUGUUGUUGGUGGUGGUGGUGUUGGUAAAUCCGCAUUAACUAUUCAAUUUAUUCAAUCACAUUUUGUUGAUGAAUAUGAUCCAACUAUUGAAGAUUCUUACAGAAAACAAGUUGCUAUAGAUAAUGAAGUUGCAUUAUUAGAUAUCUUGGAUACUGCUGGACAAGAAGAAUAUAGUGCAAUGAGAGAACAAUAUAUGAGAACAGGUGAAGGGUUUUUAUUAGUUUAUUCAGUUACUGAAAGGGAAUCAUAUAAUGAGUUGUUAACUUUUUAUCAACAAAUUUUGAGAGUUAAAGAAACUGAAGAAGUUCCAAUUUUAUUGGUUGGUAAUAAAAGUGAUUUGACAGAAGAGAGAAGUGUGAGUUAUGAAGAAGGUGAAAAAUUAGCAAAACAAUUUCAAUGUGAGUUUUUGGAAACUAGUGCUAAACAAGGUAUCAAUGUUGAUCGUGCAUUCUUCGAUUUGGUUCGUAAGAUUAGAAUAAGAAAUAAUGAAGUACCAAGU